AUGAAUAAAGGAACUCCGAAUAAGAGUAUUGUAGCCAACUUGGAUGGAUUUUGCAAAAGCACAUUUACCCUUACUUUUGUAAUCGAAAUUAUUGGACUUGAAGUAUGGCACGAUUGUAAUGAAGGUUGGUUGGAUUUGGGAACGUGCUAUCAGGCUGUGAAAGUUCAGUACCAGCUGUAUCCUGGUCAAUCGUUCGACGUCGAUGUAUUGGUGUGGCCUCACGUAGUAAAGGUAUGGUGUGGAAUGCAAUACGGAUGGGCGCGAACUUGGCAGUUUUUGGAAAGACGAUGGUUCGCUUUUUCGAUACGACAUGCCUUUCCAGUCCGAGUGGCGGAUUUGCGUAGUCACACAGCUACGGUCACAUCUGUCAUGGGAUUUGGUUCACUCGGUGCUAAUGCAAAAAAUGACAAGAAUUUAGAGGUAUAUUUACCAGAGUUGAAAUUUGGAGAGAAAAGAUAUUUCGCUGGAGUAAUUGAAUCAGAACAAAGCGUAGUGGUUUUCUUACAAGAUCUCAUUUGGCAGAGUGUGGAAGCAUUUAUACCAUCUUCAUAUUUGGACGGCCUUUUUGAUACGCCUCGAGCUGUUUCAGAUGUAAGACACCAAGAUGCUGUCAUCGACAAGGUACAUGAGACAAUUUUAUGUAGAUCACUAUUUGAGGAAGAAUUUUUACAACCUGAAGAAGUAGACCAGGCGAGAGAAAGACGUGAAUCGAAAUUUCUUAGAGAGAAGAAAAAAACUGCAGAAGUGCAGAAAUUUAAAUAUGAAAUCAAACUCUCCGGCGAUACCCUUUUGUCAGCGGUAGGAAAAGUAAUACAAUUCGAAACGGUGGGAGAUCGUCCAGUUGACCAAGGAGAGAUGAUAGUUUUGAUCAGCACCAACAAUCUGCCGGCGCAAGACGACCAGCCGAUGAUUUUCGUGAAUAUUGAGAAAAUCACUAAUGUGCCUACGACGGAGUUUAAAAAAUCAAGGGUAACACACCUAUACACACGAUGGAAUAUUGGAAAUGAUAUACGUGAAUCGGAAAAACUACAGAUAAACAUGAAGCGGACUAUGAACUUUAGCGAUCAUCACGCAGUUUUAUUGCAUAACUCUACAGCUGCCCGUGUGACGGCAGACUUUUUAGAUAAUUCGUUUAUUAUAGAGAUACGUGGAACUCGUUUACCUUCAAACCGAGACAAGUCAUUGUUUUACGGAAAGAAUAGAGAAAAUAACAAAAAUGAAAUACUCGACAUUCCCAUAGCUAUAGCAAAGUUGGACACUUCGACGCUGUCGAAAGGGAUCAGUGCUAUAAUUCGAGAAGAAUGUUCACUUCUUCCCCCACAAUUGGGUCUUAAGACUUUAGACCGCGAAGACCUUUGCACAAACGACACCAACGGAGUCGGGAAUUGUUCAAGCCCAGAGAUUAUUAUUAUUCAACCCUCAGUCAUUUUAGACGCCCAGAUGACAUUAGAAGUUUCGAUAGGAUUUGUCGGCUGCAAGCCGAGAGGCUUCGGCUUGAGUUUUUCUAGGUUAUUCUGUAUCGUCAACGAAUCGAACACAGUCCUCACUAUUGUGAGAAAAAUAACUGAAAUCAACGAGCAAGUAUUGGCGGACUCGGCGAGGGAUAAUUUAUUAACGGGCUUUGUGGUGGACGCCGGCGAUAGGGCCGUUUUGUGUGUCGAAGGUCCACGCCACGGCUCCAUCCUACGAGUCUGGCACUUGACUCAGAACUUUUAUUCCAGAAUUAAGAUGCUGUUUUCUACUUCUUCGAAUUAUGGGUCAAGGCUGUAUCCCGAUCUGGUGGCAGCGCCUGUUCCGUUCAUUGUGUUAAAGAUGUAUGCGCCUUUGUCUGUAUUAUUGGCGUGUCCCCAAACGUACGUCGGCCCCACUUUACCUUUGCCCACGAGAUCGGCUCUGCUUAAAUUUGGAGGAUUUUUAGCCAACAAAUUGAGGACUGCGCCGUGUCGAAGCGAUUUGCCGACGAGUGAAGAGUUAAAAAGUUUCCGACUGGAGCUGUGUUCGCCUCCCCGACCCGGCUCAUGUCUAUUCGAUUUUAACUUAGUUCCAAAUACCUACAUCACAGACACAACACGGCUUGCUACAAAUCAUCGAAACAAAAACUAA